AUGAAACGUCUACGAAAAUUGUGUGAUAAACGUGAGUUGUCUGAAGAUACGACAAUGGAAAUAUUGCAUCGCUUGCCAUCAAAAUCACUAGCAAGAUUUAAAUGUGUAUCCAGGACUUGGCGAAAAUUCAUAGCUGAUUGUCGUUCUCGACGAUGGAAGCCUCAACCUAAUUUAAUUGGCAUCUUUUAUCAGACCCGUAAACAUUCCCAAAUUCGUUUCUUCCCCGAAUCAAAAGAAGUGAAUAAUACUAAUAACAUUGAUUUGGAUGAGUCACUCAAUUUUCUUAACAGGAAAGUGUAUAUUGUUGCAUCAUCCAAUGGUUUUCUUCUCUGCACAAAACAUAGACACAAGCAGAGAGUUUAUUAUAUUUACAAUCCUGCGACGAGGCAACAUUUGACUCUCCCUAAAACUCAAAUCUGCAUGGAGAACGACCAAGCUAUUGGAUUUAUUUGUAAAGCAGAUGACCCUGAUAAUGAUGUCAUAUCCUUUACUAUAGUUCGCUAUGCAAUACCUCGCCGUUGGGAUGAGUUACAGUACACUGUAACAAUUGAAAGUUUCUCUUCUGAGACUAAUGUGUGGGAUGCCCAUGAUCUAAUUCUUGAUGUACCUCUCAGUUUGUACCCUUUUGAUUGGGAUUCAUCAUCAUCAGCAGCAGCAGCUGGUGUCAUCGAUGGAGUAUUCUGUUGGCUCGAUCAAUUUGGUAGACAGAUCACUGUUUAUGAUAGUGUCUACAAGUGUUUCUGGGCUUUGGAUUUGCCUGAAGAUAUGGUGGGGGGACUCGAUUGUUUUCUUGGAUUAUCUGGCGGGGCUCUCUAUUUUACAUUGAAUUGUAGGGAUGCCAUCACUGUGUGGCGCCUCGAGAGUCAUAUUCGUAAUCGAGAUGCAGUAUGGGUUAGGAAGUAUGAUGCAAAUGUUGCAGCUACAGUUAUGCAGUGUCCGGAGGCCUUUGGACUUGGAGGUGACGCUCUUCGUGUCAAGGCGUUUGGACAUACUGGCUUUCUUCGUGUUGAGGUGCAGAACAUGGUUAUUCAUCCUGCAGUUCCCCACAUCUUUUAUUUGGAUGUAAGAGGCAAGGUUAUUUCUUACGACUUGGAAAUGGAUAUUGCUCAACUUGUGUAUGAUUUUGGAGAACCUUGGCGGAGAACACAACACUACAAAUUAUUUGCUUAUGAAUGGCAUCAAUGGCCACGACUUCUUUAGAUUAUCAAUUAGUGGU